AUGAGACCUGAUUACACAAGUUACGCUGAAUUCCCAAAUGACAGUAAGCCCAUGUUGUGUUCCAUCGUCAUAAAUUCACUCGACUCCGCUUUGAUAGCUGAGAUCAUUUUCUUUGCUGAAGGUCUCGACGCUUGCAAAGUAUGUCCUCUUGUUUUCAUUCAGCUAUUUAAGAAAUGGUGUUAUAUUUUCUUCGACAUGCAGAGAUCACAGAUCAAAUAUAAUAUUACCAAAGUGCUAAAUGCAUAG